CGUAUCUACUACUUUCAUCGUGUCACCUAAUACACUUAAUAUAAACAUGGCUGCUAUUGUGAAGUCCGCCGCCCGCAGCUCUGUGCGCCCUGUUACGGUCGCAAGCCGGGCUGCUCGCGUGGUGCCUCGCGCUGCCAUUGAGUGGUAUGGUCCUGACCGGCCCAAGUUCCUGGGCCCCUUCUCUGAGGGCGAUACCCCUGCCUACCUCACCGGCGAGUUCCCCGGCGACUACGGCUGGGACACUGCCGGCCUGUCCGCUGACCCGGAGACCUUCAAGCGCUACCGCGAGCUGGAGCUCAUCCAUGCGCGCUGGGCCAUGCUGGGCGCUCUGGGCUGCGUGACCCCCGAGCUGCUGUCCAAGUACGCGGGCGUCUCGUUCGGCGAGGCUGUCUGGUUCAAGGCCGGCGCCCAGAUCUUCGCUGAGGGCGGGCUGAACUACCUGGGCAAUGAGAACCUGGUGCACGCGCAGUCCAUCAUUGCCACCCUGGCCUUCCAGGUUGUCGUGAUGGGCCUGGCUGAGGCCUACCGCGCCAACGGCGGCCCGCUGGGUGAGGGCCUGGACCCGCUGCACCCCGGUGGCGCCUUCGACCCGCUGGGCCUGGCGGACGACCCGGACACCUUCGCCGAGCUCAAGGUCAAGGAGAUCAAGAACGGCCGCCUGGCCAUGUUCUCCAUGUUCGGCUUCUUCGUGCAGGCCAUUGUGACCGGCAAGGGCCCCAUCGAGAACCUGUCUGACCACCUCGCCAACCCCAGCGCCGUCAACGCCUUCGCCUACGCCACCAAGUUCACCCCCUCCGCUUAAAUGUAGCACCUGGUCGUCUUGCGCACAUCGCAUGCCUUUGAGCCUGAACUAAUAAAUGGCGUGCCUGAUUAGCUGUGGCGUGGUUGAAGCGCUGUCAGAUUCUUUAGGGCAGGACUACCGGUACUUCGCAAGGAUUGCCAGUUCCUGUUUAACUGCUAUUAGAUAGAUCUUUGUCAGGAUAGCUUGGGUGCGUGAGACAUGAUUAGGGACACAGCCGGCUGGAGGUACUAAUCUGAGAAGAAAAACCCUUACUAAUUUUCUACUGACCCUGAGAAUCUUAAAUUGUGUUCUUUAAAGUUUUGAUUAUUCAACUACUUGUCUUUUAUAUACUUUGUGGACGCUUGCCUGUUGAUUGCAGCGUCCUUUGUUCAUGUGUGGCUUGUUACAUAACGGACCAGAGAAUCUUUCAUCACGUGUAACUGAAGCCGCUG